AUGGAGGCGACCUUGUCGACUCAAGAGCAGCAGCUCUGUCAGUUCCUGAUGGAGCUGCCUGCUAAGCACAAAUAUCGCUACUCCGAUGCCGCUGCCCGCGAACUGCUCACCAACCUCUUUUGGUGCAUGGCUGCUGGCAAGCCUGAAUACAUGCAGCUCCUCUUCCCGGACGGCGGCCCCCUCCGCCCCGGAGGAACACUCAAGCUCAAGGACGCACAAGGGGCGGUCGAGGGUGCAGAGUACACAGAGGCGGCACGUGGCAAGGCCUGCGGGCACAUCUUCAAGCCGGGCGAGGCUUCAUACGCUUGCAGGACCUGCAGCGCCGACGACACCUGCUGUCUCUGCAGCAAGUGUUUUGACUCGACGGAUCAUACAGGACACAUGGUGCGGAUCAGCAUAUCGCCGGGCAACAGCGGCUGCUGCGACUGCGGCGACCCGGAGGCAUGGCGGGUGCCCAUGUUCUGCACGAUCCACUCCAUGUGGGAGGGCGAUAGGUCCAAGGGCAAGGACAAGGAGGCAGCCGGUCUGCCAGACGACCUCAUUGCCAACAUGCGCAUGACCAUCGGCCGGGCAUUUGACUUCAUGUGCGACGUCAUCUCCUGCUCUCCCGAACAGCUUCGACAGACCAAGACGGUUGAAUCUAUUCAACAGGACGAGAGGUCCUCGAGGCUAUCUGCGACCUACGGUGGCGGCGAUCUUGCCGAGCCCGACGAGUACGCCGUGCUGCUCUGGAACGACGAAAAGCACACCAUCACGGAUGUUAAGGACCAGGUCGCACGUGCCUGCAGGAUGUCGCAUGCUGAAGGGCUGAAACGCGCGUACGAGACCGACGCCGUUGGCCGGAGCUUGCUCAAACACUCAAAGAGUAUCGAAGAGCUGCUCAACGUUUCCAGGAUACUCGAGAACAUCAAGGUCACCGUCACAAUUCGCUCCUCGAGAGAUACAUUCAGAGAACAGAUGUGCGGUACUCUUAUCGAGUGGCUUGGCGACAUCUCUGGAUGCAGCGUCGGUCACGAUCACUUCAUACUCAGACGGAUCGUCUGCGAGGAGAUGCUCCAGCCGUGGAGACAAGGCAGCCCCGCUAGCCACGCAAUGGUUGGCGAACAUGGCCUGGACGAUGAAGACCUGCUGGAGCGAAGAGGCGAGGAGGAUGUGGGAGCCAGCGUCUUCCUGGCUCAUCACCGCCUACUCCAGCAGGCUCGGCUCGCCGCGCAAACGGCUGAGAUACUACGCGAGGAGUCGGACGAGGAAGAUAACGCGGAUGUGGAAGGCGAUGGUGAUAGAGACACGCCUUCAAGUGGUGCCAUGGACGAAGACGACGAUGUCGACAUGGUUUUGAUCGAAACUACCGCAGAACCUACCGAUGAUGUCAACAUGGCAGAUUGGGUAGAUGGUUCGCGAGAGAGUCUUGAAGAAGACGAAGCAACGAUGGCUGGUUAUCCACCACCGCCUCCUCCUCCACCUCAGCCAGCAGCGCGCCGAGCGACACGUGAACGUGACCUCACUCCCUCGGAUUCUGAUACUGCUGAGCCCUUGAUUGCACCGACGGUGUAUACCAAGUCCAAUCUUGAGAUACCCAAGACACCCGGCGCUGGAAAAGCCGACAAGGCGGCGCCACCGAGACCUGGGAGAUACUGGCUGGGAUCUCCUGCGGCUUACAUGGAGCGGGAGAAGGUUCCUACAGCCGAGGAUCUUUUCAAGCGCGUGCGUCUGGAUUGGAUGAUUCUCUUCGACCUGCGCAUGUGGAAGAAAGUCCGCAAUGAUCUUCGGUCGCUGUACAUCUCGACAGUCGUCACCAUCCCCGAGUUCAAGCGUGUCCUUGGUCUCCGAUUUGCCGGGCUCUAUACUACCCUGGCGCAGCUGUAUCUCAUAGGUGACCGCGAGCCGGAUCACUCCAUCAUCAAUAUCUCGCUGCAGAUGCUGACAACACCCUCAAUCACUGCCGAGAUUGUGGAGCGUGGCAACUUCUUGACCAAUUUGAUGGCCAUUCUCUACACCUUCCUGACCACGCGCCAAGUUGGACACCCCUGGGAUGUCUCGUCGAAUGCGGUGCUGGCCUUUGACACUGGCUCGGUCACCAACCGGAGGAUGUACCAUUUCUUCCUGGACUUGAAAUAUCUCUUUGGCUCUCCCCAUGUGCAGGAGAAGCUCAGGACAGAGGAGAGGUACAUGAUGCAGUUUCUCGAUCUAGUGAAGCUGCACCAGGGUAUCUGUCCCAACGUCCGGGCGGUCGGCGAGCAUGUCGAGUACGAGACCGACACCUGGAUCAGCGCAUCGCUGAUCACGCGCGAGAUCAACCGAUUAUGCCGCCAGUUUUCAGAGUCUUUCCGCAACGUACGGGAAGCGGAUUCCAUCUAUGUUUUCAAGGCGAUCCGUCUCGCUGCUCAGUGUGUCAUCCUGAAUUCGAUUGGCGCCGAGCGUACUAGGUUCACCCAGGCCGAGAUCAAGGAUGAGGUGACCUUUAAGACUAUGAGUGACUUCGAGUUUGCCGAAGGCAAUGCAAGCUACGAAGUGGUCAAAUUCGUGGUGGAAGAGAAGCCGAUUAGUUUCCACCAUGCGUUGCACUACACCCUCUCUUGGCUCGUCGAAUGUGGCAAGUCCAUGCCUCCUGAGCAGCUUCGGGCGCUCCUGAGCUUCACCACCCAAGAGCUCAAGAUGCGCCCCCGCUCCAUGGGCCGGAAAGUGUUUCCCAAGCGGGAUUAUAGCCCGGAGGACUACUUGAUGGCCAUGUUUGAUUAUCCUCUACGCGUAUGCGCAUGGCUUGCCCAGAUGAAGGCGGGCAUGUGGGUGCGCAAUGGCAUGAGCUUGCGACACCAGGCCGGCACUUACAGGGGUGUUACUCAGCGAGAUGUCUCGCACCACCGAGAUAUCUUCCUCCUCCAGACGGCCCUCGUUAUCUGCGACCCGAGUCGUGUCUUGGCGUCAGUCGUGGACCGCUUUGGUAUGGAGACCUGGGUCAAGGGCAUCUUCGAGCAGAAAGCCAAUGCGCAAGACGACAGCCAACAUCUUGAUGUCGUCGAGGACAUGAUUCACCUGUUGAUCGUCUUGAUCAGCGACAGGACCUCUCUUGUGCAGACAGCAGAUGACGAGCCGAACGCCCAGUUGCUGACGACCCUGCGCCGCGAUCUCACCCAUGUGCUCUGCUUCAAGCCACUCUCCUUCUCCGAGAUCUCCAACAAGAUGCCGGACAAGUAUCAGGAGAUGGAAGAAUUCCACCGCGUGCUCGAAGAGCUCUCGACCUUCAAGGCUCCGGAGGGAAUCAGCGACGUCGGUACUUUCGAGCUGAAGCCACAGUUCAUUGAGGAGGUUGACCCCUACAGUGCGCACUACAACAAGAACCAGCGAGAGGAGUCGGAGACAGCUUACCGCAAAUGGAUGUCCAAGAAGACUGGCAAGCCGAUCGAGGACAUCGUCUACGAGCCCCAUCUACGUCCAAUCACAUCGGGCGCGUUUGUUGGCCUGGCGGCUUUCACCAGCACCGGAAUGUUCGCCCAGAUCAUCUACUACUCGCUCUUGUACCCGCUGGUUUCUCAAAAAUGGACUCCCAAUGUACCCCUCACACGAAUCGAGACGUUCCUACAGGUUGUUCUGCACCUUGUCCUGAUUGCCAUCUCGGAAGAUAUCGCAGAUCCCGACGACUCUACGCAGCCGUCCUUCAUCCGUCUUGCCCUUACCAAGAAUGCGCGGAGCGUUCUUAUCAAAGAGGCGCCUUCCGCCAAGACUAUCGUGGCCUUGCUGGACAUGAUGUCAACAAAGGACGAGUUGAAGGUCUGUCACGCCAAGAUUGCCUUGAUCUUGAAGCGGAUGCGUCAGAAACGUCCGCGGGAUUUCGAGGCUGCCUACCUUCGGCUUGGUGUUCCCGUCGACCGCAUCAGCACAGCCUCCCCUGCCAUCAUCGGCAGUGCGAAUGAGGAGAGGGAGAAAAAGAAGCGGGCGGCCCUGGACCGCCAGGCGAGAGUGAUGGCUCAAUUCCAACAGCAGCAGAAGAGCUUCAUGGAAAACCAGGGAGAUAUCGACUGGGGUGUCAUGAGCGACGAGGACGACGAGCUUCCGGAGCCGGUCGAGGAACAGAAGAACCACUGGAAGUAUCCUUCAGGCACUUGUAUCCUUUGUCAGGAGGAGACAGAGGACCGUCGUCUCUAUGGCACAUUUGCCUUCUUCAUCGAGAGUCACAUUCUGAGACAGACGGACUUUCAGGAUCCAGACUUCGUUAGAGAAGCAGCAAACACACCCAAGAAUUUGGAUCGCUCCGCCGAGGCGAUCCGGCCUUUUGGCGUUGCCCAUGAGAAUCGGCGACAAGUGGCCAAGGUCAACUCAUCCGGAAACACGUUCACUACAGAGCGACAGGUCAUUGGCAAGGGCUUUGCCCCAGAAAACUGCCGUCCUGGACCGGUUUCUAUAGGGUGCGGUCACAUCAUGCACUACAGCUGCUUCGAGAUGUAUUUUGAGGCCACUACGCGCCGCCAUGCGCACCAGAUCGCCCGGCACCAUCCAGAAGCUGCUGACCGCCUCGAGUUUGUCUGUCCUCUGUGCAAGGCCCUUGGGAAUGCAUUCCUUCCCAUCAUCUGGAAAGGACAUGAAGAAUCUUACCCAGGAGCACUCAAUGCGGCCACUCCCUUUAGCGACUUCCUCGACCACCAGAUGACAUCUGCAUAUUACUUGCUUGGUGCGGCACGUCCUCCAGACCGGGUGCUGGGCUCUUUUAAGCAGUACACUACGAACUCGUUCCUGGGCAGCAUGGCUGAUAAGUCAUCAUAUCUCGUCACGGAUGCUUGGGAUGCCCUGCCCGGCGGCACUGCUACGAGUACCACUCCUUCAACUGAAGCAUUCGCCAAUGCCCCCCCGCCUGCGACCGCUAGGGCUAGGGCCAGCUCAGCAGCCGAAGGCAAUAUCAUGACCGAGCUGGUGUCGGCGUACAGACGAUUGCGGGAUACUCUUCGAAAGAACGGACUGAAAUCCGCCUACCCGAUGGAAGCUGCAGAUGAGAUGGAUAGCCAGCUCUGCUCGAGUGACACUCUUGCACGUUCCGUUGGGUUCUCCAUCUCUGCCGUCGAGAUUCAACAACGAGGUACUGACACUGAGUACGGCAUGACACUGUUGGAGAAGAUCCCAGAUCAAAUCUUGACCCAUCUUCGCAUUCUGGCGGAGACUGUAUCUUCCUACAUCGCCGUCGGGGGCCAACGCUUCGGCGGAGUGAACAAAAUCGAGGACGAGCACCGAAGGAACGCCGAGCGCCAGCACUGUCAGCUGUUCAUAGAGCAGUAUUUCGGCCAGGAGACCGAUACCACCCACCGGCCAGCCGAUCUCUACGAGCCUCUCUUGAGCAUGGAUCCGUUCAUCUUCCUCUGCGAAUGCGUCUUUGGCGUCAUGCCUGUGCAGGACUUUGAGAUUUCUCAUCUGGUCCGCCUCUGCUAUCUGGCCGAGAUCGUCAAGGUUGUCUACCACAUGGGGCGCAACAUCCCGGGAACUACCUGGGUGGCCAACUUCGUCAACUACCAGCCGAACGGCACGGCCUUGGACAACUUUGCUGAGUUCUGCAAGGAGGUUAUCAGGAUUGAUAUGAAGGUCCGCACGAGGGAGGGUGCGGUCAUGGACGCUUCGGUGCUCGCCGCCGAUAGCCUUGGGGAGAACAGAGCUUUCGAUCAGGAGGCGUUCAAGGAUGUCGAGGGGUACUACUCCUUUGUCCAGAAGUAUGCCCUCACCUUUUUGCGCAAGACCGCCGUCCUUCUCUACGCGAGGCUCGGCGUGGACUUCCGCAGCCACGUAUCGCCUUCCCCGGAGCUCGACGAGCUGGACCGUCUGACCGAGGCGCUCCGCGUGCCGAGCUUCGACGAGAUGUGCACGGCCCUGACCCCGCUGGGCUCCGAGUACGGCUGGACCCAGGCGUCGCACUCGCUCGUCCGGGGCUGGAUCCGGCACGACUUUGUCUACCCGCGCGCCACCCUGUCCCCCCGCCCGCCCGCCUCGGCGCUCGUCAGCCACCCGGGCAUCUUUGAGCUCGUGGGCCUGCCCCUGAACUACGACCACCUGAUCGAGGAGUGCACGCGCCGCCGGUGCCCGACGACGGGCAAGGACGUGGCGGACCCCAUGAUCUGCCUCAUGUGCGGCGACGUGUUCUGCGGACAGGCCGUCUGCUGCCUUAAGGAGGAGAAGGAUGGCCGCAGCCGGAAUUCGAGGCGGAUCGGUGGCGCGCAGCAGCAUAUGAAGAGGUGCCAAAUGAACAUGGGCCUGUUCAUCAACAUCCGCAAGUGCUGCGUCUUCUACCUGUGCCGCGACUCGGGCUCGUUCAGCCACGCGCCGUACAUCGACAAGUACGGCGAGGUCGACAUGGGCCUGCGGCACGGCCGCCAGCUCUACCUGCACCAGAAGAGAUACGACUCGAUGCUGCGGGCCAUCUGGCUGGGCCACGGCGUCCCGAGCUACAUAAGCCGCAAGCUCGAGGCCGACAUCAACAACGGGGGCUGGGAGACGAUGUGA